CCUGAACGUUGGACCGAGUCGGAGCUGACAGCAUCACCAAUUCCCGGAGUUUCAGCACCAGUUCGCGGCUGACGUUGCAUCUUCACCAUGUCUCAAUCAUUGCGCCCUUAUCUUCAAUGUGUCCGGUCCUCCCUUACCGCCGCACUUACUGUCUCGAACUUCGCUUCCCAGACCUCCGAACGGCAUAACGUCCCCGAGAUCGAGGCCCAGACCUCCCCCGAACUCAUCCUCAACCCCCUUACAGUCUCGCGAAACGAGAACGAGAAGGUGUUCAUCGAGCCCAGUGUGAACAGUGUCCGCGUCAGCGUUCGGAUUAAGCAAGCAGACGAGAUCGAGCAUAUCUUGGUCCACAAGUUUACUCGGUUCUUGACACAACGUGCCGAGUCAUUUUUCAUUCUGCGAAGGAAGCCAGUGAAGGGAUACGACAUCUCGUUCCUGAUCACGAACUUCCAUACGGAACAACUGUUGAAGCACCAAUUAGUGGAGUUCAUAAUCCAGUUCUUGGAGGAGGUGGAUAAGGAGAUCUCGGAGAUGAAGCUAUUCUUGAAUGCCCGUGCUCGAUUCGUCGCUGAAUCGUUCUUGACACCCUUUGAUUAAGCCGUUUUGCUAUGUUACCCGUUCAGUCUACAAAUAUUACAUGAACUCUAUCAUCUUGUCAUCCAAUAGCCACUGUUGUAUAGGCGAUCUAGGCUGGUUCCAGAAUUAGUUCACGCUAUUGACUUGACACUGCCUUCCUUAGAGUCUCAAGACUAUAUCGAACUCGGCUCUAGUGAGAUUGUCCAUUGCACCUUUUCAAUCAAUACCAGCUUCCAGC